AUGGUGCUGUUCAAGCGGAAGCCGUUCGCCCUCAUACCGCCUCCAGAGAACAUCUCGGACAAUGCUGAGGUCUUCGUGAUGAGGGGCACCGGUGAGGUGUUCACCGACUACGAGAAGUACUUGAAGAGAUAUGACUUCCUCAUCCAGGCAAGUGACUUUCAGCAACGAUAUUGUUGCCUGAUUGCUAACCCCAAGCAGAAGAAGUUUGUCGACGCUGUCAAUGGCAAGUCAGGCCUCAACUACUUUGACGCGUUAGAGUCUGAGAGCAAGAGCACGUCGGCGAUUGAGACCGUAUUUCCCGAAGUACUCCGCGAUCCAAUACUACGCAGAGUUCAAUUCUCGACGAUCUCGCGCAUCGACGACCUCGUCAACUGUGUGUACGAUGACUUCAAGCACAACUUUUUCCCGAAAGAAGAGGUGAUGGUGAUGGUCGAAGAUUUUCCUGAGCAUCGUCUCGGCGUCAUCCGAGAAAAGGCCAAAUUCCCGCAGAUCCUAAGUCAGAGUGGUGAAGUCCAGAGAGAGGCCUUCUGCCGUUACUUCGUACGCCUCUACUCAGCACCUAGAGAGGAGUACGUUUGCGACGACCUGGCUAUCCGCCGCGAUCGCAAGGUCUACAACAAGCAGAACGUGAGGGCCUUCCUCAAGCACACCCUCUUCCGCGAGCCCUGGAUCGGCGCCCCCUGGCUGGUCAGAGAGCACUUUGCCAUCAAGUACCGCCUUCCGAUGGACAUCCCGGUACACCUCCUUCAGGAAUCUCGCCUCCUCGCGAACAAGGUACAAACAUACCCGUCUUUCUUAUCAUAUCUUCAUCAAUUCUUCCCGGACUUGGCUAAUGCCUAUGCGCAGCAGCAAAUACUUCAGAACGACAAGCCGUCACGCAAGCGUACGAAGAAUUUCGAGCAGGAUGAGUUCAAUCGCAUGAGGCAUGCAGAGAUACAGCAUCAGCAGAUGCAGGAGGCCGCAAAUGGACAGCCCGGCACCCACCCUGGAAACAUGCAUGUCAACCCACCCCUCAACUCCUCGCGCACUGUUCCGAGACCCGCUGCGCCACCACCGAUCAAGUACCCUAUCGAGGACCUGGAGAUUCCGCCCAAGCGCAACGGUGUUGUGCGACCGCAACUGCAGUUCUUCACGGACGAGAUGGAGAACUACAUCAAGAGGGGCCGGCUCACGACGUUCGAAGACAUUGAGAUGGAGUCGAUGGGUAUGCUGCUGGAGGUCUGGAACACGCUGAAUGUGCAGUGUGAAGUUUAUGCCCUGGACAGCUUCACCUUUGAUGACUUCAUCGAUGCUAUGAGGUUUCGUUCUGAUGAGACAAAGUGUGUUCUGCUGGAUGAAGUUUUCUGCGCUACACUCAAGGUGCUGGUCGACGACAAGGGUGUUGUGAAUCUAUCAAAAGGUGCGAUGCCUGAGAUGAUCGCGGAGUCUGAAGACGAAGAUUCGGAGGAUCCUCAGGAUGAGAGCGAGCUGUCGACGCCACUACCGGACGCGCCUGCGAGGUCGACACGAAGCAGACUCAGCCAUGUCGACCCCUCGAAGAGUCCGACAGCGUUGGUCGAGAAGCUCCACCGCGGCUCCGAGAUGCUCGGUGACCGCAAGUGGUCCACUCGUAUCGGAGCACGAGACUUUCAAGAUGGCGGAUGGCAGGUUGCUCUGGCUGGUGUCUUAUUGCAGCUUUCACGUUCUGCCCGCUUCCAAGCCCGCUGCAACGACAUUCUCGCAUGGCUCGCCCCAACAGAUCAGCCUCCGACGCCGGAAACGGCUCGAGACCAGUUCGCAGUGAUGGACAUCAACCUCAGGAUCUCCGCCCUCCAAAUGAUCACGAUACUCUCGAUCGCCACGCCGACCAUGAAGAACUUCCUUGAGCAGUGCAGCGAUGACAUGACAGACGUUAGGAAGAGGAAGAUCGAGUACCAGCGAGAGAAGAAGGAAGCUACGGCGGAGCUCAUGAUCAAGGAUCGUGAGAGGAAGAUCCUGUUGCCUGCCAACAUGCCGGACUCACCACCUGCAGAAGCAUUGACGCCGGUCUCUGCCAACGACGGUACGCCUGAAGUGAUCGACGUCUCCAUGGCCGAUAGUUCCGACCCUGAAGACGAGGCACCAACAAGUGGCCGUGCUCUCCGUCGCGGCAACGACAGGAAGCGUAAGCGUGAUGAGGAGGCGCAGCGGGCUGCUGAAGAGAAGAGGAAGGCCGAGCUCGCCAAGCAGCACCCAAAGCAGUCGAAGGAGUUUAGGAAGCUGUUGGGAGAGAUCGAAGUCUUGAAGACCAAAAUCAUGGACUGCGAGGAGGCCAUUGCAGAGUGUGACGGCGACUUGCGUGAGGCCAACGUCCAGCGCACGAAGGUGCUUGGCAAGGAUCGCUUCUGCAAUCGCUACUACUGGUUCGAGCGCAACGGUCAGCCGUUCGGCGGUCUCCCCAAUUCAAGCACGGCAGCCUACGGCUACGCCAAUGGCCGCAUCUGGGUCCAAGGUCCUGACGAGAUGGAGCGUGAAGGCUUCGUCGAUCGCACUCCAGAAGAGCAGAAAGUCUACCAGCGCGUCUACGGCUGUACGGUUCCCGAGCGCCGCAAGUUGGAAGAAGGCGAGACGGUCCUCCUUUCCGCCAACGAGUGGGGCUACUACGACAACCCGGUCCUCCUCGACAACCUCAUCGGCUGGCUCGACGACCGCGGCGACCGCGAGAAGGCGCUGCGUCGCGAGCUCGUCCUUUGGCGCGACACGAUCGGCGAGUACAUGGACAAGCAGAAGAAGUUCAAGGACCUGGAGGCAGCGAAAAAGCUGGGCGCGGACGAGGAGCAGACCAGCAGGAUCUCGACGCGGACGAAGACGCAUGAGGGCUUGUCGCAGGCGAAGGAGAGGUGUUUGCGGUGGACGAACGGGCUGGCGAUUGAGCAGUUCGGACACUUGCAUUCGGAGCCGGCGAAGUCGAAGGCGAAGAUUAAGUUGAAGCAGCAGCAGUUGCCGAGGCAGAAGGGUGUCGCUACGGUGCCGUUGAAUCGGUAUGGGAAGCCGGUCACUAGGCAGGGGUGA